AUUUUGAAAACAUGGCAUCCACUUUACUGGGACGGGUGUCAUCAAUAUUUAAAACUGAUUUAACCUUGCUGUUGAAGAGUCUUGUCUACAGACGGGUAAACAUUGCCACCGAGAUGAAUGCAAUAACUACCAAAUCACAUAAAAAACGUAUUUGUUGUGUAAAUUAGCUAGCUAGCUGCUAGUUUAGCAGCAGGUUGUUGUUAGUUGGCUAGCUAACUGUUAGGUGUGCUUCUAUGGGAAAGCUGUGCAGCAGCUUACACAUUAUUUCCGAUGUUGACAGACAUGAGUGCAUUUUGCAAUAUUUCUGGCAUAGCUAUCUACAUUUGUUCCAGUGUUCUGCUACAGAUACAUUGCUGAGAAGUGUAGGGACAGUUGACGAUAUGACCACUUUUGUGAUGUUCAUGCAAAGAGCACAUACUAAAGUAAAUACUAAACCUGUGUAGGCAGCUUGCUGUGUGUUCUCACAGCCAGACAUGUAACCAUCUCAACCUUUCCCCCAGCCCCCUCUCCACUGGGAAUGUGAGCACCCCCACUGUUGGAGGAGUAGAGUGCAUCACUGGUGUUUAUUAAUAUAAGUAAUUUAUCUUACUAAUGCAUUUGUUUGAUAGGAAAGACAACUAGUUUUUAAUUCAAUGCCCUCUAUGCUACUUGUAGAUGUUCAAGUUCAAAUAUAGCACAAGUACAAGUUCUUAUAUAGUGCAGGAGAACAGCAAGCCCGGUUUAAAAACCCCCACAUAAAGCAGCAUCUCAUGGCACAACACCUCUCCCCAUGUGACCGAACAGUACUUGUGUGUAUUUACUGACAUGUAUGUAUAACUGAUAGAUGCACACACACACACUACAUGUUAAGUCUUUUUUUUGUCUGUGAUGUCUUUUUCUUUAUGUGUCGGACCCCAGUUGGCGUCCUAAUGAAUCAAAUCCAAAUCUGUGACUCACAACAUCCCUUUUCAGCUGGUUCAGUAUUCCACGUUUUUGUGUGUUAUCCCAUUUACUCGCCAUAAACAGCUGUUCAGCAGUGGGACUAGGUCAUUGAGUGAGACUGGACCCCCCCCCGGCUAAAUUCUUUCCUGCAAAUGAGGGAUCAAUGCUGGUCCCUGGGACUUACAAAGACAAAGUGGCCUUUAUCACAGGAGGAGGAAUGGGGUUGGGAAAAGGCAUGACCACAACACUGUCAGCACUAGGGGCAGAGUGUGUCAUCGCUAGUAGAAAACUGGACGUUUUGAAAAAGACUGCAGAGGAAAUUACAGCCCAGACAGGAAAUAAGACUAUCUGCAGGUCCAUGCUGUGCAGUGUGAUGUUAGAGACCCCAAGUCAAUUGAAGCUGCUGUGGACCAACUGGUGGAGGUUGCUGGUCUCCCUGAUGUACAUAGGUGGUGAUCAACAACGCUGCAGGGAACUUCAUCUCCCCGUCAGAGAAGCUGUCUGCCAACCCAUAGAGGACCAUCACAGACAUUGUCCUGAACGGCCGGCCUUCAUCACCCUGGAGCUGGGCAAGAGGCUGAUACUGGCCGAGAAGGGUGCUGCGUUUCUGGCCAUCACCACCAUCUACGCAGAGAACGUCUCUGGAUUUGUGAUUCCCAGCGCGGCUGCUAAAUCAGGAGUGGAAACUCUGUGCAUGUCUUUGGCUGCGGUGUGGGGGAGGUACGGCUUGAGGUUUAAUGUCAUCCAGCCAGGACCAAUCAGAACCAAGGGGGCCUUCAGUCGUCUCGAUCCUGCGGGCAUGUUUGAGAAGGCCAUGAUCGACAGGAUACCCGUGGGCAGGCUGGGCACGCCCGGAGAGAUUGCCAACCUGGCAGCCUACCUGUGUAGUGACUAUGCCUGCUGGGUGUCUGGAGCGGUCACUAAGGAGCAGUGGGCUAUGAUGGAGACCAUGAUCAGGGGCACCAAGGGAUCCUAAGAAGUCAAGAUGGGAACACGAUACUAACUCUAACCACUGUUAAUGCUCCAGGGAAACACAGGCACACAGACCUUGUCCUCCCCCACUGAACAGAGGAUGCUUGACUGUGUCUGAUGCCAUAGGACAACACCAAACAACCACAACGGAGGAAACGUCCUUUCAAUCCAACACAAAGCACCAGUUCACUGACCCUCCUGCUAAAGCUGUGUAAAGCUCCUGUCCUGGGACCAGACUGUUUCUGCAUUCAGCAACGCUGCAUUGUUGCAAGGACAAGUUGGCCAAAGCAGAAACAGAUUGGCACACAGGUUAAGGAAGUUCCAUCUGAAGUGUCCUCACCUCCCCCUGUAAGCACAUCCCUCCAGUGCUGUUCAACCUCCACUGGCUCCCAAUAUGCUCACGCAUUGACUUUAAAAUCCUGGUUCACAGCUACCAAGCUAUCCACAACUCUGGAGCCGAGUGCCUGUCUGACCUCAUUCUACCAUCCUACUCCACAUACACCCUUCGCUCCUCCAGAACAGCCUCAAUUCGUCGGGGCAUGAACUCUACAAGGGAUGCUGGCCCAUGUUGACUCCAAUGCUUCCCACAGUUGUGUAAAGUUGGCUGGAUGUCCUUUGGGUGGAGAACCAUUCUUGAUACACACAUGAAACUUCAGUGUGAAAAAUCCAGCAGCGUUGCAGUUAUUGACACAAACUGGCGUGCCUGGCACCUACUAACAUACUCUGUUCAAAGGCACUUAACUUUUGUCUUGCCCAUUCUCCCUCUGAAUGGCACACAUACACAAUCCAUGUCUCAAGGAUUAAAAAUCCUUAUUUAACCCGUCUCCUCCCUUCAUCUACACAGAUUGAAGUGGAUUUAACAAGUGACAUCAAUAAGGGAUCAUAGCUUUCACCUGGACAGUCUAUGUCAUGGAAGGAGCGGGUGUUAACAUUUUGUACACUCAGUGUAUAUAUUACGUUUUUUAAUUUGUUAUUUUGAAAUUAAAUUAAUUAUUUUGUGUCAUCCAUA